AUGGAGGAAAGCGUACUGGUGGACAAAUGCCUAAGCCUCAGGAAAGUCAUUGUUGAGCGAGGUAGUGGCGUCCAAUGUCCCGUUGAGGGUACGAACGUGGCUGUACGUAUACAGCAGCGCCAGAAUGACAGAAUUGUUCAGUUCGAAGUCGGAUCUGGAGAUACUCUUCUGGACGAUUACUUGGACUCCUUGGUUCUCACUAUGAAGUACGAGGAGGUUAGCAUCUGCUCCUUUCCGUCCAGUUGCUUCACCGAGGGCAGUAGUAGGCCUGACAAAGAGCUAGUAGAAGUGACUGUGAGUUUAGACCGUAUGCCUGAAUCCACAUCACCCGUAGCAGAUUUGCCAAGCCCAGGCCAACGCCUUGUACUUGCGAAGCAGCUGAAGGAUCGAGGCGGGCAGCUUGUGAGUACGUCCUCAUGGUGGUUGGCUGCACGCCGCUACAGCCGCGCAGCGAAACACUGCAUCCUGGGUCUGACGGUACAGGACCUCGACCGUGCACUCCAGGAAGAGUUGAUAGAUAUUCGUGCCAAAUGCCAUUUAAACCUUGCUGCAUGUCAGCUGCGCAUGGGUGAUGCAGUGAAAGUGGUGAAGAACUGUACGUAUGUGCUGGACAUGCAGCCUGAUAAUGUCAAGGCACUGUACAGGAGAGGUCGAGCUCUGUCAGCAGUGAAAGAAUACGAGAGAGCAGAAGCCGAUUUCAAGCAUGCCCUGCAGUGUGACCCACAGAACCGGCAGGUAGUGAACGCUUACGACGAUUUGAAAGCAUGCAUGAAGAAACAAGACACCUAUUAUCACAAUGCACUGAAAUCAAUGUUUGGCGGGACCUGA